CUUCAACCCGAAGAUGGCGCAGAGGUUCUUCAACCUGGUGCUGCUGCCGGCCGUCAGGCAGAACGUCGCCGAGUACAAGAGGUUAAAUUUCCACUACUACCGCUCUCUUCGGAAGUCCAUAUUCAAGCCGGCCGCCUUCUUCAAGGGCAUCGUGCUGCCGAUGGCCUCGGAGAACUGCACCCUGAGAGAGGCAGUGAUACUGAGCUCGGUGCUGGGCAAGGCGGCCUGA